GUGGACGGGCUGGCAAUUAGUCAAGAGCAGAGAGGCUCAGCGGUGAGUCUCGCAGAGCAAAGGCUGGGUUGAAUUGCCAGAUAAUCGCGGCGGCGGCGGUGGAGUUUGGUCAGGAGGCGCGCGAGUGCGGAAAAGAGUGUCGAAUCGCCUUUUUUUCCACUGUGUGACGACGCAGUGAAUUCCCUGGUGCGGAAGUGAUAGCGGCAGAUGGUUGAGAGAUUUGACAUUGAUUAAUCAGCGAAGGAUUAUUCUCAGAAGUGUUUUGUGUGAGUGGGGCAAGAAAAAAAGGAGCAAGGUGGCGCAUUUAGAGCGCAAAAUUGUGCAAUGCUUUAGAGGGAAGAGGGGAGAUUAGUACAGAUUGUGGUGUGCUAGAGUGGGCACAAAAAUAGUCUAUUCUCAGACCAAGUUGAUGAGAGUUAAUAGGAAAAGUGUGAUUCAUUUUCAUGUCAUUGUCGGCAGCGAGCCUUAAUUUGGGGGGAUUUGAAAAAUCCUACGCCUCUGACGAGGAAGUAAGGAGUGAACUGUUGACAGUGGAGCGACAGAAGUUCGCGCCUGAGUGUGUGCUGUGCAAGAGAGACUGAAGGAACGUUGUAGUAUUUCACGCAUGAUGAGUGUUGAGUGACAAUUAUUAUUGACGAGAAUGUGGAAUGAUGUUCGCAUAUAGUGAUAAGAAAUCCUCGACGAACAACUGGUUCUCGUCACUGAGGCGCCAGCCGAAGAAUAACAGCAAUGCCAAGGACGCGAAGGAUGCCAAGAAGAUCCAGAAGAGCUGCAUAGACCUCACGGCCCACCAUAGGGGCGUGGAGCCGUCGGGCGUGCAUCAGGUCACGCAGUGCGUGACGGAGAAGCGUGAUGUGGUGGUGGAUCGCCGGGCGAACGGGCGAGCCGAGCGGACGGAGGAACGGAAGGUGGUGAAAGUGACCACGAGGACUGUGAUAAAGCAGCGGGUGGAUUUCGAUAAUUGGAGCCGCGAUAGGCGCGGAUUGGUGUUCGAUGACAACGGCAGAGUGCUGAAUUUGGCCAGGCGCUUGAUUGGCAAUGAAGAGAAUCUGCUGUAUAUCGAUGAUGCCGAUGGCAAAGUGAAAUAUGACUCUAAUCGCAUCGCAGACCAAAAGCAAAUCAAGGAUGAACUGUGCGAGGUGGUGUCGGAGAUGGAGUCUCUCGACUCUCAGGAAGACUGCAAAUAUUCCAACAAGGACAAACAAAUGUCAAUUGGGCGCAAGAAAUUCAACAUGGAUCCAAAGAAGGGAAUUGAGUACCUGCGUGAGAAUCACUUGAUUCGCAUGGAUCCGCAAGAUGUGGCGUAUUUUCUCUACAAAGGGGAGGGACUGAAUAAAACGGCAAUUGGUGAUUACUUGGGAGAGAAAAAUGACUUCAAUGAGCAAGUAUUAAAGGCAUUCGUUGAAUUGCAUGAUUUCACCAAUUUGAUCCUGGUACAAGCUUUAAGACAAUUUCUCUGGUCCUUUCGGUUGCCCGGCGAGGCGCAGAAGAUCGAUAGGAUGAUGGAGUGCUUCGCUCAGCGCUACUGUCAGCUGAAUCCGGACAUUUUCACCAACACAGACACAUGCUAUGUCCUGAGCUUUGCCAUCAUCAUGCUCAACACGUCACUGCACAAUCCGUCGGUGAAAGACAAGCCGAGCAUCGAGCAGUUCAUCUCGAUGAAUCGCGGCAUCAACAAUGGCGGUGAUUUGCCACGUGAGCUACUCGAGUCGCUGUAUGAGAGCAUCCGGACGGAGCCGUUUAAGAUUCCGCAGGACGAUGGGAAUGAUCUCAUGCACACGUUCUUCAAUCCCGACAAGGAGGGUUGGCUGUGGAAGCAGGGCGGACGCUACAAGUCAUGGAAGCGACGAUGGUUCAUUCUCAAUGACAACUGCCUGUACUACUUCGAGUACACCACCGACAAGGAGCCGCGCGGAAUCAUUCCGCUGGAGAACAUCUCCGUCCGUGAGAUCAGUGAUCGCAACAAGCCGCACUGCUUCGAGUUGUACGCUUGCGGGGGCGCGGAGAUAAUCAAGGCGUGCAAGACGGACUCAGAGGGGAAGGUUGUCGAGGGAAAGCACACGGUGUAUCGCAUGUCGGCGGCCACGGAGGAGGACAAGCAAGAGUGGAUCAAGUGUCUCACGCAGUCUAUCAGCCACAGUCCCUUCUAUGACAUCCUUGUGCAGCGCAAGAAGAAGGCACUGUCCAAGAGCUAAUGCGAGGACAUCCUCCGCAAUGGCAAGCGAAGAAGGAACAUUCAGUGAAAUGCGCGCAAGACGUUAUUUAUAAAUUCUCACUUUCUCAACUGUGAGUCACACACAUUUUAUAAAGUGUGUGUCUCUAAGGCUUCCAUCCUUUGAUAACUCACUUUUUUUUUGCGUCGUAACUUCUUUUACUUUCUAUAUGUGAAAGAGAAAAACUGAAGGAGAGAGUGAAAAUUGAGAAGCACAAGUGAGAAAAAAAUAUUCCUUAAGCAAUUUUCGUGGAACAACUUUUGAGAUAUCAAUAAGAAUUAAACGUGACAUUUAGACCAUCUUUACAAAAAAAAAUGGGUGACAAGUGAAGCGGAGGUGAAAAUAGUUUAAUUUAUGUUUAUAUUACUAAAGUAAACAAUUUAGUUGUGACUAAAAAGAACGCUAUCUCAUUUGUAAGAGUUUAUUUAUGAAAGGAGAGAAAAUCAAAUUUGCAAAAUAAAGAAGAAAAACAGAAUCUUAAGAGACAGUGAUGUGGAACAAAUUUGUAUAAUUUUUGUAGAUAGGAUGAUGAGAAAUUAUAUUAUGAUUAAAUUAAUAAAUUAGUAAUAAAAGUAACAAAUAAAAAUGCCAUUUUGAAGCUAUAUUUACUUUUAUUUUAUAUCCGUGUUGUACAAUUCAACGCUAACAGUGUGAGAAUUUUCCA